ACCAUCAAAUUACCCCGUAUAUAAACAUAAGAAAAGCGUAAUGAAACUAGAAUAAAGUAACCUUCGACCACAUAGACUAUAAAACAAUAAAAACGUCAAAAUAACCCUGAUAUAAUGAAAGAUUUAAAAAUAAAUUCUUUAAAUUCUAUGACAGUUUAAUAAAUAGGACAAGAGGAAAAACUUUCAACAAAGAAUUCUGAAUGUAAAGAAAAAUAAAAUACUAUAUUUUUGAGAAAAAGCCCCAUUGAAUUUAUGAAAAAUUUAAAUAAUAAUUUAAAUACGAAAUCUCAAGUAAUGGGCGAGCGUUCACAUUAUUUAAAUUCUCUUUCUUUGUAUGGGAAAUCGAAGGAAUUAGAAGAGGAAGAAGAAGAGAGAAUAUUUGAUAGUCUUUUGCUUAAAAAAAUCAACUAGACUAUUGAAUUCGAUCAUUUGGAUAAUAAUAAUUAAAAAACUGUGGGGGAUAAUAUUGUUUAGUAAUAUUAUAGUAAUUAUAAACACUUGUCUAAAAUUAUCGAAAAAGAUGAAUAUUAUUAAAAUGAUAUGGGGGUUUAGGUCAAAAUACUUGAACAAAUUGAAAAAUGUAACAUUUUUCCAAGUAAAUUGGGACUUUUUAAAUAAAAAGGAGAUGAAAAUACACUUAAAGUAAGUUAUAUGAAUUUUGGAGAUAAAUAUUUAUCAGUUUUAGGAAAAGGAUUAAAAAAAGUAAACUAAAUAAAGAAAUAUUACCUAAAUAAUAAUCGAAUAACUGAUAAAAGUAUAAGUGAUAUUUUAUAAAGCAUAUAAAAAAAUGCUAAGGAAAUAAACUUAGCACACAACUAGAUAGGACUUACAGCAUGUUAAGACUUAUAAAAAUCAAUAGAAAAUCCUCAAACAUCAUAAUAAAUUAUUAGAUAAUUCUGUUUAAUAUUUACUUGAAGGUUUAUUGUCAAAUCGUAGUUUUAAAAAAUUAAAUCUUUCUAAAAAUUUUCUUACUUGUAAAAUUUGUCCCUUAUUACGAUAAGUUUUAGAAUAAUGCUAUUUAUAGGAACUUUAUUUAUACUGGAAUUAAAUUUCUGGAAAAGGAGGUAUUGAAAUUUUCGAAGGUUUAAAAGAAAACUAAAAUUUGCAUGUUUUAGAUAUUUCAUCCAAUAAUUUAGGAAAAACAGAAGGAAAUCUAUAAUCUUCCUGUAUUUAGUCCAUUACUUAAUUUUUUAUUUAAAAUAAAAAGAUGAUUCAUUUAGAUUUAUCCAAUAAUUAAUUUGAUUUUUAAUAAAGUUUAGAAAUAGCGAAAGCUUUAGAAAAAAAUAAUACUAUAUAUGGCUUUCAUUUUUAAGGAAAUAUCGGAUACGUUGAUUCUAGAGGCUUUCUUAUAGUAAACGAGCUCUAGGAAAAAGAAAUUGCCCAAUUGCAUACCUAAGUCAGGAUAAAUGGGUGUAAAAGUAUCGAAAACUUCAUCAAAUUAAGAGAAACUAGGGAGAAAGAUCUCUAAAAUUGCUGCUGGAUAUGCGAAGGAUGGCAAGAAAUGGAAUUUACAUGGAAUGUUGGUAUUUCAGGUGAAAUAAGGCCCGACCCAAUAUUCAUACACUUCAAUUUUGAGGACUAUAGAGCGAAUUAUUUCCGCAAAGAUUCCCAUUUAGAGUCCAAAUUUUUAUAAAAAUACGUCUAUUCGAGAAUGGUACCUCCAGGUGAUCUUUUUUAUUUUUUUUCGGGGCAAGAUUCAUCUGAAAUAGCAUAAGAUUUGCCAAAAAAAGUGAUUUUUUAGGAAGAAACCUGCAUAUAAAAUGUUUUUUUAUAUGAAAACUGCUAUAUUGAUGUAUAUUUGAAAGAAUUAAAUUUUUAGAAAAUAAUUUAAAAUAAAGGUCUUUUUUAUAAAUACGAAAGCUAAAAUAAAAUAUAGCCAAGAAAAAAAGACUAGAUUUUCAUUCCAGCAAAAUAGAAAAAAUUUAAAUAUAAAUGGAAGCUUCCAUAGUCUCUUUUUGCCAAAUGGAAAGCUGAUAAUGAAGAUAUAAUAAAAAGAUGCUUCGAAUUCGAUUGGAAAUAUGGAAAAAUAGGUAAAAUAGUACGAAAUGAGGAAGAUGAAUAAGAAGUAGCUAAUUUUUUUUCACAAAGAUAUGCCUAAAUUAAGAAUUUUUAUAAAUUUUAUGCCAGUAAGAGUCCCGUAGGAGAUAUUUGGGCUAUUUAAAAUGGUGUUUUUUUAGAAUUUAUUGAUAAAAUUAAAAUUAUUGAUAAUAAAUUAGUUAAAGAUGCCGAUAUUAAUAUAAAAUGGGUAGCCACAGUUUCCUCGAUUCCAUAAUCCGAUAAAACAAAUCCAAGAAAUCCAGUUUAGGGCAUAAACAGGUAUUAAAUAAUGGAAAUAUUAAUACGUAUAGCCGAAGAAAAAUAUAUUCUGAAAUAAAAAAAAGCCUAGUCUUAUUUAUAGGCUUUAUAAUUUUUAUGGGAAGAACAUCUUUUUUAAGAGCUCUCCAAUGAAAGCUAUAAUCCGUAAAUUUGGAGAAAUUAAAGAUACUGGAAUGAAGAAUGUGACACUUGUUUGAAAUUCUAUAAACCUAUAUUGGAGCAUGUAUAUAAGAAAUAUGCUAAAUUAAAAGUUAAACCAGGAUAGCCACCUUUUAUGUGCUUGGAAGAAUUACAAAAUAUAUGCACUUAGUGCGGAUUUAAUGAAUUAGCACAUUUUGGACCAUAAAUACCUUUAUUGGCUUUUAAUUUUAGUAUGAUGACAUAAAUUGAUGAAAUUAAUAGUGAUAGAAUAUUUUAAAUGUCUCUUUUGGAAUUUAUGGAGGCUGUAGCAAGAAUUGCUGAGGAUGUGUCAUUAGAACCGAUUGAAGGGAUAAGGUUUGUAGAUUAAGAUUGGGAAGAUUUGGAAAGGAGAAAAAAUUAACCGCUUGGACAUAAAUUGGAGGCAUUUAUUGUCAAGUUAUUGUAGUGUUGUUGUGAUAGCUUAUUUAGUGAAAAAUAUCCAAAGAUUAAAAAAAGUUUCUUUACUAUAGAUUAAAAUGAUGAAGAAUAUGAGCUGAUUAGUCCAUGAUUAAAUAUAUAUAUAUUAUAUUAUGUUUAAUUAUAUUAUGUAAUAUUAAAAAAAGUUGUACUUUUUUAUAUUUUUAUAU